AUGGGUAAAAGGAAGGCAAAGAAAGUUGAGAUAAAAAAGAAGCCUAUUCCGAAAUUAGAUAGGGAAUUCAACUGCCCAUUUUGUAAUAAUUCUAAGACUGUAGGAGUAAAAAUGGAUCAUAAAGGUGGACUUGGUCAUCUAUCCUGUCGUGUUUGUAAUGUUGAAUAUACAACUCGUAUAAAUCGACUAGAUGAAGCAGUAGAUGUAUUUUCCCAAUGGAUUGAUAAAUGUUAUGAAGUAAAUUCAAGGGUAUCUCCCGAUAAACAUUUAAAUGAAUAUAUAAGCAUAGUUAGUGAGGAUCAUAAGAAAGCUAAGAUGGACGAUUCUGUAAAGAGACAUCACCUUGUAGAUUAUACAGAAGAUGAAUAUGAGCACGGAGAUGACGAGUUCAUUGAGGGUAAACAACAUAUAUUAGAAACUCAAAGAAAAGAUAGUACUAAAACAAGAUAUAUAGGGAAUGAUUUAGGUGAUGUCAUAGACAGGAAUCAAAGAGAUAGUGAGGUAAUUAGUGAGGGGAUAACUUCCUCAUAUCCUCAAUUGAUGUUAUCCCAAUCCUUUACAAUGGAUGAAGAGGAGGACGAUGGAUUGUUUAGUGACUAA